CGCCCCCCCUUUUCCUACGUCAGAACAACCAAAAGCCAGCACAGAAGCUGCGUGCCGCUGACUGAGCUAGAAGGGGCUUCCGUGGGAGCGCUUUCUGCAGAAGACGUGCAUCUAGCAGAGGGGCAGAGUGAGCGGGGAGCUGCACAGGUACAAGCUCAGAGCAGAUGCCUGGAUAUACUGUGCCAAGUUCAUCCCUGUUAUAACUCCAUUGGUUUUGGCAAAGUUGCCUCAGAUUCUGGAAGAAACAUGAACAAAAUGAAUGGUAUCCUGUUCACUGUCUUCAUUGUUCUGAUUGCUUAUUGCAGUUCUGGAUAUGCCCUGAAGUGUUACAUCUGUGCAGAUAGUCCUUCAUUGUGUUUAACCAAUGCUACUUGCCCCCAUGGAGAUGAUAGUUGCUUACAGAUCAGGUUUGCUGAUGUGAAAACCUAUGCCUGCUGGAAACACUCCCGAUGCAACAUGAAUGAGAUUGCUGAUGAUUUUGGUGCUGACAACUUUGAUUUCCACUGCUGUCAAAAGGACUUUUGCAACAAGAGUCCAGCCACAGUGGUUAGUAAAACAACCUUCAGCAUUGCGACUGUGAUGACCAUGAUCUGGAUGCUCUGCUUUUAAUCUGGAGACAAAAAGAUAAACAUAUUUUUUUUCUAAAAAACAACAGAGGGUCCUGUGGCACAGGACCCUCUGUUGCUUUUUACAGAUUCAGACUAACACGACUACCCCUCUGAUAUUUUUUUCUGUUUGUAUUGCUAAAUAUUUUCCUGAUUCUCUAACUAUGGGGUGGUGGAGUUUUGCCCUCUGAUUUAUAAAUCAUGCUUCACAAAGUGCUCUCUCUCAGAUACAUUACUGUCAACAGCUGUCUGGACAAAGGGGCACAUUGUGUGUAAUCAGUCAGAGAGAGGUAGAACAUUCUGUGAUGCCACAUUUGGAGGAAAAUACCAUCUUUUAGAAAAAGCUGUAUAUGGAAAAAACAUGGGAAAAUACAUAUUACGUGCUAGAAAAUUGUAAUUUCUUAAUGUUCUAUGAAUUUGCAAUUAUGUUUUUCUCUCUUCUCCAAUAUGUUUUAUUAUCCUUCAGCCAGUGAAUUCUCGUGCUGUUGUUUAGAAGUAAAAUUUCUUAUGAUCUUAUUAAUAUAGUUGAAAUCCUACUUCUUGCUGAAAUAUGUUUAGCAAUGUUUUUCAAAUGAAUUAUGAAGCCAUUGAAAUUGCAUUAUUUUGGGGGAAAGCUUCUGAGUGUUUUACAAUUGAAAAUUAAAUUGAGGUGCAUUUUAAUUAAGUAAGGAAUGCCCUGCCUCUCUGUAGAGUUCUAUGAGCAUGCAGGUACAUGUAGUUGCUGCUUCAGCAUCUUGUGUAAAUUUUAUCUAUUAUUUAUGAUGGCUUUCACAACAAAGAUUUGAGCUGAGCAGGUCCUUUGCACAGCAAACAACUUUGUAUAUUCAGAGUUGUAUGCAAUCUUCUGGCAUUAGUCUGAUAUUUUUGUCUGAAAAACAGUGAAGAGUUUAAAAGGGCAUACCUAGCAAAAUUUCCAGUAUGGAUAUGCUUAAAUUUCUGCUUGAAAACAGAUUCAGCAAAUGCAACUGACUCUAAGGGCUUCUAAAUGUGGAUGUUUCAGAAAUAGACUUGUAGAACUUCUUAGUGCAACACUUAUAACUGCCAAUAUUUUAUUAUUAUUGACGCUAAUAAAAAUGUAUUGCAUGAAAAAUCA